UCCAGCAGUCCCGAGACAGCAGCUGCCCCUGAGCUCCAGCUCCUCCGGCACCGGGACCCCCAGAGCCGCAGCCAUGGACAGAUGCAGAGCUCCGUGCUACGAGUACCCCUCGUGCCCCGACGUGCUGAAAGCCCCGAGGGAGGAGGUCGCCUACGUGACCUGCACCUACAGGUCCACGGGCAUCGAGCAGCCCGAUUUCCUGGCCACCGUGGACCUCAACCCGCGCUCCUGCCACUACGGCCAGGUGAUCCAGCGGCUGCCCAUGCCCAACCUCAAGGACGAGCUGCACUGCGCGGGCUGGGGCCCCGCCUGCGGCUGCUUCGAGAGCGGCGCCGCGGCCAAAAGGACCAAGCUGGUCCUGCCCGGCCUCAUCUCCUCCCGCAUCUACGUGGUGGAUGUGGGCUCCCAGUGCCGGGCGCCUCGGAUCUGCAAGAUGAUCGAGCCCGUGGAUGUGUUCUGGAAGUGCAACAAGGGUUACCUGGCUGCCACCCACGCCCUGCCCAACGGUGACAUCCUGAUCGCCAACAUGGGCGACCCCGCCGGCAACGGCAAAGGUGGUUUCGUGGUGCUGGACGGAGAGACCUUCGAGCUGAAGGGGAACUGGGAGAACGAGUGUGAGGUUCCCCUGAGCGGCUGCAACUUCUGGUACCAGCCCCGGCACAACGUCCUGGUCAGCUCGGCCGGGGUGGUGCCCAAAGUGGCCGGGCGCGGCUUCAGCCCCGACGACUUCAAGAAAGGGGUGUUCGGCCGCCGCCUGAACGUGUGGAACUUGUCGUGCCGCAGCCUGACGCAGUGCUUCGACCUGGGCGAGGAUUCUCUGCCGCUCAACGUGCGCUUCCUGCACAGCCCCGAGGCGGCCGAGGGCUACGUGGGCUGUGCCCUGAGCGGGGCCAUCUUCCGCCUCUAUAAACCCUGCGAGAGAGAGAACUGGGCAGUGGAGGAGGUGAUCCGGAUCCCGGCCAAGGACGUGUCGGGCUGGAUCAUGCCCAAGAUGCCCGCCUUCAUCGCCGACCUCGUCAUCAGCCCGGACGAUCGGUUCCUGUACGUGAGCAAUUGGCUGCACGGGGACAUCCGGCAGUACGAGCUGGCCAGGAACUGCAAGCCCCGGCUGGUGGGGCAGGUGUUCGUGGGGGGCAGCAUCCUGCGAGGGGGCCCCGUCACCGUCUGCAGGGACGAGGAGCUCAAGUGCCAGCCCGAGCCGCUGGUGGUCAAGUGCAAGCGCGUGUACGGCGGCCCCGCCGCGCUGCAGCUGAGCCUGGACGGGAAGAGGCUCUACGUGACCAACUCCUUGUUCAGCACCUGGGACCGGCAGUUCUACCCCAGCCUGCUCAAGGAGGGCUCGGUGAUGCUGCAGCUCGACGUGGACACGGACAAGGGCGGCCUGGCGGUGAACAAGAACUUCCUGGUGGAUUUCGGCAAGGAGCCGCACGGGCCGUGCCUGGCGCACGAGAUUCGCUUCCUCGGCGGCGACUCCAAAUCCGUGUCCCCGGCCUGAGCGAGCCCCGGGAGCGCCGCCCGCCCCUCCCGGCAGCGCUGCCA